UAGAAUGCGUUCAUCCUCAGUGCUGGCAAGAAAGUUAAAUUACACAAUACGAGAAAGGGACACUAAUGCAUCUGCAAACAUCGCUCUGUCUGGAGCAUCGAUUGUUCUAGCUGCUGACCGUCGGCCCCUUCCUCCGUUUCGUCAUAAUUCAUCUAAUCAAAUAAGAUACAACCUUGUAAAAGAACUUUCUUUAGUCGCGACAUCAGAAUUGAUUCCUCGUGACUUCAUUCGUGAUGAAUGA